CGGAUGAGCUGGAGAAAAGUAGCGUGUGUGGAUGUGUAGUUCUCCCGUAAGCGCUUCUGUGUGUGCGUGCGCGCGCGCGCGUGUGUGUGUAUAUGCGUGUAUGCAUGCAUGCAUGCGCGCGUGCGUGAGGGAGUGUGUGAGGCGGGACGUAUGGACUGCGUGUGGGAUCAGAGCAAAAACGGAUCGCAGCAUUGAACUUUUCGGAAGUAGUUUUGUUUUGAGUUUGCGUUUUAGCCAUCUGGAAAGGUUGUUGAAAGGAUCUUGUGUCUUCCUGCAUUAACACACACACACACGCACGCGCACGCACGCACGCACACUAAGCCAGACAAGAUCUCCAGCAAAAGUUUCAGAUCAGAUCUGAUCUGAUCUGAUCUCGGGGUGAAGAUGUCCUGCUGAACGGAGUUUCCAGCUCAUUUCUCUGGGCUGCUGCUGAAGGCCAUAAACAGGAAGAACAAUCCGGCUUGAUGUGCUCCACCGGCUCUGCUCUGCUUUCUCUUUGGGGGUUGUUUUCUAUCUCUGCUGCAAACCUGCAGAUGAAAACCUGGAGCACUGGUGAUCAUCUGACUUCAUAGAUGAUCCAGGAGCUGACUGUCUACUCCAUACUCCAAGCAUGGAAGUGUGAAGAGAGAAGUUUAAAUCAAAAAAGAAAAGAAAUCAGGAUCGCCAGCAUGCUGAAGACUCUAACCAAAAAGCUCAGAAGACAUUCCCUUAAUGAAAUCCACCCUUUCCAGCUUAAGAUUUCCUACCACGGCAGUGAGGAAGGUGGAGAGAGCGAAGAUUCUGAAGGAGAGAACCAAGAGCUGGCACAGAUUGACCGAGGUGUGUGUCUUCAUUUUAUCCCUUCUUAACCACAAUCUUUUUUUUUGGGCUCACUUUCUUUUUUUUUUUUUUCAUCUAAAUUUGGACCUCAGGUUAUAGAAAUAUAAGGAUGUGCUAAAGUGUGUGGCAUCCAGACUUAUUUAGAAUUAAUCUCACUUCGACCUGAGGUGUAAUUCUAGACCUGGUCCAUACACAAUUUUGUAUAGUAUCAUUCUUUUGUAUAGAUGUACUGUACACAGCAAUACAUUAAGUACAAAACACACAAAGAAUGUAAAGUGAAACAUCGCUCUUAAUAUAUACUACCAUAGUUAGUCAUGCCAUGCUUACACUCACUGGCCACUUUAAUAGGAACACCUGUACCCCUACUCAUGUAGUUAUCCAAUCAGCCGCUCAUGUGGCAGCAGCACAAUGCAUAAUAUCAUGCAGAUAGACAUCAAGAGCUUCAGUUAAUGUUCAAAUCAAACAUCAGAAAGGGGAAAAAUGUGGUCUUUUUGAUUUUGAUCCUGGAAUGUUGUUGCCAUACUGGCUGGUUUGAGUAUUUCAGGAACUGCUGAUCUCCUGGUGAUCUCCUGCUGAACUCACAAACAACAGCCUCUAGAGUUUACACAGAAUGGUGCGAACGCAAAGAAACAACCACUGAGAGGCAGAUCUAUGCUGGAAAUGCCUUGUUGGUGAGAGAAACUUCAGAGGAGAAUGGCCAGAAUGGUUCAAGCUGACAGGAAGUCUAUAGUAACUCAACUAACCAUUCUUUGCAACCGUGAGCGCCGCAGGAACUGUGUUUUAACCCCCCUGGCUACCAGUCAGCAGCCUAAUCAGGGCCUGCUUUCCCCAGGCCGUGUCCGCCGUGUGCGGUUGCUACUGGAGCCUGCCAUGGAGCGCCAUAGCUCUGAAGAGGAGCUUGAGCGUAUUGCGGGAAUUGCUAGCACCGCAGGUGCUGAGGGUGGAUGCAGGUGGCACAGACACGGCGAGCUCAGCAGUGCCUCCAGUGACGAGGAGGUGAAGGACCUGUGUGAGCCAGGUGCUUCCCCCAGCCCUGUGCUGUUCAGCUCGUCACCACCUCGAGGCCUCAAACCCACACACACCUCCACACGACUACACACCAGACCCAUAAUCCUCAGCCACUUCGAACAGCCCGCCGUGCCAUACUGGAUACACCGGAGAGAGCCCGGUCGGCCGAGUCUGGACCUGGAGAAGAUGCAGCAGAAAAUGCUCCUGAAAAAGAACUGUGGCGGAAAAACAAGGACAAUCAAGAUCCGGAACCUGACCGGCAGUCGUCACCCUCCCAGAUACUCUUAUGAUCCCUCCAUCUUUGCCUUCCGCUCUCUGAGCACUGCCCCUCCGUGCAGUCCCCUGCUCUCCAACGAGGAGCCUCCUUGUGCUUGAGGGAAGCCACUGGACUUUGAGAUGAAACAGCACGUCUUGUUGGAUCAACCUUUUCCUCACCUUAGGACAGGGACCGUUGUAUUAUCCUGUCAUUUAGCAGGGUUUUAACCCAAACAAAGUGCCCAAGUUGACAAAACGGCAAAUCCCAGGAUGUAGAGGAGCAUCAGGGAAUUGGGUAAUGGUGUCUUAUGUUGUUUUACCCUUUUCGGCUGUCUGACCAUAUCUCAGGAAAAAUCCUUUUAACAUAUUUCUACAAAGACGAGGUCAAGGCCACUGAACUAUUACAGAGCCACAACAGAAAGCUGCAUUCUGCUGAAAUUGGCAUUUUGAAUCAUUUCGUGGUUCUUGAAUAACUCCGCACAUCUGGCCAUUUCCUGAUGUUCAGGUCUAGUUAUUCAAUUGCCAUUGUACUAUGUGCAUUUUGGCUAUUUGUAGAUCAUGUGGAAAGUCUACACCGAGAGCUUUGGGCUGAGAAGGAAACGCGAUGCGGUGUGAUUUGUAAUGUGAGGAUGGACUUUAUGGAAAGAGUGGGGGUGUGCUACACUUCCUUGCAGUCUUAAUAAUCAAAGAUGAACGAAAUUCAUGCUUUUAGGCUUGACCAACAAUCGAAAUAUAAACUCAAUAUUAUUUGGUUACCUCCGUCUGCCGUAGUGCUUGCCUAAGGUAUAUUCUUUGACCACAAUUAUUAAAUAAACAAGGUAAUAAAAAAGAACCCUGGUACUAGUCCAGCAUUAGACUAAAGCCAGUUUUACACUGUGUGAUUACAGCCGUCUUUUUAUUACUUCUCACACUGUAUUAGAUGAUCCCAAUAAACUCUUGGCUGAAUUCUAUACCAGACUGUGCAAUAAUGUGUUCUCCAUGUGAGAUUAUAUGUUCUGCUUACAUUAUCAAUCAGUGUGAAAAGGUCUCAUGCAGUAAAUGGGGUCAUGAAUAUGGAAACAUUAUUCAAAGUACGCUAGAUGUAAUAAGGAUAUUUUUUCUGUCCAUAGUUCAUUUAUGUUUCACCAUUGCCACUAACGUAUUUGUAGCCAUCCUGUGAGUUUUGUAUCAUGCUAUGCCGUCCUCCUAUUGGUGGACUUUAGCUGAGCGUCAUAGCAGCCACACUCUGAGAUUUUAAUGCAAAUAUCUGACAUUGCCACAACUUGUCAGCCAUCUUUGGUUGCGAUUUUUGUCUGCAACAGCAAAAUAGGGCCAAAAUUGUGCAGUGUAAAGCCGGCUUAAGCAUAUGAAUCUGUCUGACCCAUCACAGGUUUAGGAAAGACAGCGUACUCCGUGUUAUGUGCCUAAUGUACUGGAGCUGCAGUAUAGAAGCUCCUUUGCCAUGUUUGAAUGUUUUUGGACCAAGUAUCAAAGUCAAUAAUUAAUACUUAUAUUAUCAUAUUUCAUUGUAACCCCCUUUCUGGGUUAAGUCUAAGUUAAGCUUCUCUAUUUUUGACUGCACUCUUUCAAUCUUGAAUUAUUUUGGUAAAGAACAAACACAAUGUUGAAUAUAAAACAUGCGAAACGUUUUGUUUCAAGUAUUUUGCAUAUGUAAUUGUGUAGGUUUUAACCAUGUACUGUAUUGAUUUGUACCUAGCUUUUCAAUGAGUAGCCUUCUCUUGUAGGGGUCAACAUGUUUUUGCAAAAAGUGGGAGCGCUACAAGGAACGUUUUGUUACUGGUUCCACAAGUUUAAUCUAGUUACCCAUUCAAUUAUAUCCACGCGGAAUAAAUAUAUACACCUACCGGUCGGACAGUACCUACAUGUUUGUAACAUGUUCUAGUUAUUUUUUCUUUUUUUGGCCAUGUUCCAGCGAGAUGAAUAAAUGUCUCUUGGCUCCAGUGA